CCGGGCUUUCAAGCUUGCGGCAUCUCUCUGCUCCCUAUUUUCCCUAUCUUCCCGCACUGUUCUCUUGACUGAUCAAACCGACUCCUACAGACUACAGUAUGGCGCAAUUUCCCGGCGCCCCUCCGCCUGGAGCAUACGUCCCUCCCCAAGGCUCUGCACCCUACGGGCAACAACCACACAAGAGCACGGCGGGCCUCGGCGGUAUUCUCAACCAAGCCGUUACAACAGGAAAACCGUUUCUGAAUAAGUUGGGCAAGACUAUUAGCUCUAAGGUUGGAAACAAGCAAUCUACACCAGCUACACCGCAGCAUUUGGCCGGAUACCAGCAGUAUCAGGCGCAUCAACAGCAGAGUUAUGGCCAAGACCAGCAGCAACAGCAGAACUACGGCCAGAAUCAGCAGCAGCAACAGAAUUAUGGCCAGAGCCAGCAGCAGCAGCAGCAGCAGCCAUGGCAACAACAGCAGAAUACUUACCAGGCUCCCGGACAGUCUCCGCUUCCUCCCUCGAAUUACACCAGUCCAGCUUCCAAUCAAUCUGGCCAGAGCAAUUACUUUCCUCAACAGACUUCCCAGACUCCGAAUCCCCCGCAACAGCAGCAGCAAAAUGCUCCAGGAUACAAUCCAAAUCAGUUAAUUCAGGGACAAGGCGUAGAAGGACAGCAGGGCCAAUCCGCCUCAGGACAGCCUCAGGCAGCGCAAUUCCAACAAGGGCAAUUUCAAGAUCAAGGCUCACAGGGGCAAUUUCAACAAGAACAGCAUCAGCAGGGACAAUUCCAGCAGGGCCAGGGACCCCAAGGACAGUUCCAACAGAACCAACCCCAGGAUCAGUCGCAGCAGGGGCAAUUUGAGCAAAUACACUCCCAGCAGGCCAGCUUUCCAGGACAACAGACUGGCGUUAUUGGGGCUGCACAGCCUGCAGCGCAGAAUCUCGGUCCUGCCUCCCCGCAGCCAUCAAAUGUGUCCCAACACUUCCAGAACCAGCCCUCCCCCCAGCAACAAUGGGCACCUCCAACACCCAGUUCUGGUAUCGUAACUCCCACUGCUCCACAACAGGUAUAUCCGAACCCCUCUCCCACCCCGCAAAAUUCACAGCCCUAUGCCCAAACGCCCCCGCCCCAGCAAUAUGGUACCGCACCACAACCUCCAGUUCAUCCUAAUCAGCAGCAGCAGCAGUGGGUGGCUAUGUCUCCUGUGAGCCCUCAAGGCCAAGCUCCGAACCAGAUUCCGCCUUCUAUUAGCCCUCCACCUCCACAGUCUGCGGGUAAUCAAGCCCAAGCGCCACCAAAUAUUCCUCAACAGCCGCCACAGCAACCGCAACCUACUCCUCCUCCCCAGAGUGCGCCUCCACCAUCUGCGCCCACUGCGUUUAUUGCCGAGCUACCAGCCGACCUAGGAAACCUCACUCUUGAGAACUCAGCGCAGCCUCAGCGACCCCCAUCCAAUACACCCCAGUCAUCGCCGUAUCAGGCAUAUCAGCCGGCCCAAGGGGAUCAGAAACCGGGAUUUACGGUACCGCGCAGAGCCCUGAGUACAAGUAGCCUACCCUUAGCUGAUCCAUGGAGGGUAGCAGACCCAGCUACAGAACAGCCUACGAGGGAAUUUUACAUCAUCGCCGACCUUUUGUUUGAUGGGCUGGAUAGGAAAUGCGAACCUCAGAAUACGGGGAUGCUUGAAGCAAGCAAGAUAUUAGAGAGCUGGAAAGUGCAGACGAUGGCGGAUGAGGCUGCUCAUAUUUUCGAGUACAAGACGUACAACGCAUUUGCCAAGCUUUGGAUUCUGGAAGGCGUGCCCCACAUGAUGGUCCCUUGCCAACCUUCUCUGACGCCGGUUUGGAAUUUACAACAGUCAUCCAGUCAGGAUAUGAAGCUUCUCGACGAGCCUCCAGCUGCAACGUCAGGGUACCCCGUGUACAUGCCAGCUAUCAAUCGAGCUGGAUGGUACAAGUACCUAUUCAUGGAAAUGAUAUGCGAACCAGAAGGCCUUGAUAAGAUGAUGCCAGCUUUCUGUGGCGACACGUACAAACCUGGUGUUUUCAACCACCCAGAUAUCAAGAAGCAAGACAGGACAGAGCUGCCAGAGCUCACGACGAAAAUCAACGCUGUUCGACAAGGAGCGGUUUCGCGGGUUGUUCAGGAGACGGCUGCAGAAAUGCAGGCUGCACAGGGGGGAGGGGCAACAGGAUCAGGGGGCGGUGGCAUGACGGAGCAGGAAGCGGCGUUGAAGAUGCACAGCCUGAAGAUGCAACAGCAGACGAAUGCGAUGCUGAACCAGACGAUGAUGAAUGCAGGAAAGAGCUUUUCGAUGGGAGCGGGGAACGUGUAUGUGCCUAGAUUCUAGAAGGAGUAUAGACUGAGGCAAGCCGUUUUGCUUGCCCUGGAAAGAACCCUGGGUUUCCCAGUUCCCAACGGACUUGAGAUGGUGAAACGCGGAGUUGGAUUGAUAUGAAAGUUGUGGCAAAGACGUGCUGCGACGAUGUGUCUGCGACGAUGUGUCUGCUGAGCGGCAUUGUAGGAUGCGAAGCACGUUACUCAAUCACAACCUUCCAGGUUGCAAUAAUG